AUGGCAGACGACAAGUCGGUGGUUAUCCUGGCCGUCUCAUGGGCCGAGACAGUCGUUGGUCUGAUCUUCUUCGCUCUUCGGUUCCUAUCGAACUGGAAAAUCGUCUCUCGCUUCCGGCCUGAUUUUGCGGUUGCGGGAUUGACAGUUGCAACCCAAGUCACAGCCCAAAUCUUCCUCCAACUCUGCGUCCACCAUGGUAUGGGCCGCCACGUCAACACCCUCUCACACGAACAACAAGUCCAAACGCUCCACUGGUCAUGGGUAUUCCAGCUGCUCGCCAUUGCAGCGUCCAUGCUCGGCAAACUCGCCAUCCUCACCUUCCUGACGCAGAUCCGCGGCCGGCACGAGAAGAAGCCAUGGCUGCUCAUAAUACUGGGGGUCUUGAUUGCAGCUGUGAACAUUGCCGUCCUCGGUACGAUUCUGGGACAGUGCACGCCCAUGCAGAAACUGUGGGAUGACUCUCUGCCCGGGACGUGUGAUCCGGGUCGGAAGUUGAAUCAGAACUACUCCUUCUUUCAAGCCACGAGUUAUCCAAUCCACCUAUUCUGGAAGUUGCAGAUGAAGCUGCGCAUCAAGGUCGCCUUGUCCAUCCUCAUGGGUCUAGGCUGGAUAGCCGCAAUCUGCUCCGCUGUAAAAACAUACGAGCUCAAAGCUCUCACAGAGACGAGCGACAUCACCUGGGCCCAACCAACCCUCCUAAUGUGGGCCUCCACAGAAGCCUGGAUCGUAAUAGUCGUCGGCUGCGUCCCGCCAAUCCGGCCCUUAAUGGAACGAAUCCUGCAACGGCUCGGGCUAACUUCGAAGAAAACAUCUACACCAGCGUACUACCAAAGCGGGAGCAACCCGUACGGACCAGGGCGGUCGCUCAACACGAACCGCGGCACAAACUCGCAUUUCCGGCCUAGUACGUAUGGGACUGGGAGCAAGGCCUUUGCGGACGAGGGGGACCUGGACUGGGUGGAGUUGGGGGAUUUGGGGGGGCGGAAUAGUGCUGGGAAUGGGAGUAAGGAGCAUAUUGUGCCUGGGGGGAAUAAUGUUGUUGUGACGACGGAUAUAGUGACGCAGUUUGAUGAUUUGAAUGGGAAUGGGAAUGGGAAUGGAGGGGGCCAUGUGCAUGCGAUUUCUUCAAAUGCGAGUUCUGGCUCUGGGGAGGAUUGGGGACGGCAGACUCCGGAUGUUAGGAAGGGGGUUUGA